UCCUUGCUCCAUCUUGGGUAUUGCUACGUGUGGUACAUGUGGGGGAGAGUGACACCCCACUCGCAGUUCUGAUUCAAUUAACUAAGUUGACCCGACCUAUCUGCUAUUUCACUGGGUUUUAUGGGAGAAACACACCCCAGUUAGGCAGACCAGAACUAACCUUUUAUUUUUUCCCCCAAAUGGUAAACGGUCUGAGUGAACUAUCGUCAGUUUUCCACCUCCUUUGUUGGCACUUCGCCCUUGCGAACGUGCUCGAGCCGCCCCUGUUGUCGCGCCUUGUUCGGACUUGUCUGCACUUCAGUCGCAUUGGAGAGAGAAAAGAGCGGGACCUGUCCAAAAACUGAACCGUAUCCACACAACUCUGAAUUUACCUUAAAUAUGUCUACCACCUCCAGCUGUCAAAAGCCCCAGGUUAUAAUGCACGACCAACACAGAAAAAGUUUGACUCUAUAGCCAACGGGAUCCUGAGGACUUGAUUAGUCGCUUCAAGCCUGAUAGUUUGCACCGGUGCGGCUGCCCCCCUACCCCCGGCUCACAUCCCUUUGGUCAACUGGCAUUACUUCUGACAGCUCCCUUCCUCCUCCACUGGUUAAUAAGACUUGGGUUCCCUUGUGGUCUCUGUCUACUUUGCCUGCCUUCUCUUCCAUCGGUCCCUGCCCUCUACGGACAUUAGUAGCAGUCCCUGGAGUUACAUAAUCCUGUAUUAGGCUCAGCCCCCAACAUUAAACAGUGAGAUGAUUCCCAAUGGUUAUCUGCUCUUUGAAGAUGAGAGUCUCUUGGAUUCCACCGUAGCCAAGAUGAAUGCCCUGAGAAAGAGUGGACAGUUCUGUGACGUGAGACUGCAGGUGUGUGGUCAUGAGUUGAUGGCUCACCGUGCCGUGCUGGCCUGCUGUAGCCCCUACCUGUUUGAGAUCUUCAACAGCGACAUUGAACCUCACGGCGUGUCCCACGUCACCUUCGAUGACCUUGACCCAGAGGCUGUGGAGAUCCUGCUUAACUACGCCUACACUGCCCAGUUGAAGGCAGACGAGGAGUUGGUUAAGGAUGUCUACACUGCAGCCAAAAGGCUAAAGAUGGAACGAGUAAAGCAGAUCUGUGGCAACUACCUGCUAUCGAAGAUGGAAUCCCAUAGUGUCAUCUCCUUUCGUAACUUUUCCAGCUGCAUGGGAGACAGCCGCAUGCUCUCCAAGAUCGACAUCUACAUCCAAGAACACCUGCUGGAGGUCUCUGAGCAGGAGGACUUCUUCAAACUCCCCCGCCUCAAAUUAGAAGUAAUGCUGGAAGACAGCUUGAGCCUGCCCAGCAAUGGCAAGCUCUACUCCAAGGUGCUUAACUGGGUCCAGCGCAGACUGUGGGAGAAUGGAGACCAACUGGAUAGACUGAUGGAGGAGGUGCAAACGUUGUACUACUCAGCCGACCACAAGCUGCUCGAUGGCGCACUCAUCAUUGAGGAACAUGGGAUGUUUGGGGUUGGUGCGGAGGAGGACCACAUGCAGUUGGUUCAGAAGAAGCCCCCCCGUGAGAACAGCAACACCCAGGGACAGCCGAGCUCCUCCACCUCCGGCAGCUCUUCACACUCCGGCUUGGCCUCCAACACACCCAAACCCUGCAGGAGAGAGUGGAAGUACAUCGCUUCCGAGAAGACCACCAACAACACCUACCUGUGUCUGGCUGUACUGGACGGGGUGUUGUGUGUGAUCUUCCUGCAUGGCCGCAACUCUCCCCAGGGUUCUCCCUCUGCCACACCAUGUCUGAUGAAGAGCCUGAGCUUUGAGGCUCAGUCUGAGGAGCUGGAGGAACACCCGCUGACCUCCAUGCACUACGCCCGCUCUGGCCUGGGCACUGCCACCCUGCACGGCAGGCUCAUCGCUGCAGGAGGGUAUAACCGGGAGGAGUGCCUGAGGACUGUGGAGUGUUACGACCCCAAAGAGGACCUCUGGACCUUUACUGCUCCCAUGCGGACUGCCAGGGCUCGCUUCCAGAUGGCCGUGCUCAUGGGUCAGCUGUAUGUGAUGGGUGGCUCCAACGGUCACUCAGACGAGCUUAGCUGUGGGGAGACCUACGAUCCCCACACUGACACGUGGGCUCAGGUGGCAGAGCUCCGGACCAAUCGCUGCAACGCAGGUGUCUGCUCGUUGAACAAUAAGCUGUUUGUGGUGGGAGGGUCAGACCCCUGUGGGCAGAAAGGACUGAAGAACUGUGAUGCUUUUGACCCUGUGACCAAGACCUGGAACAACUGUGCCCCCCUCAACAUCAAGAGGCACCAGGCUGCGGUAUGUGAGCUGGAUGGCUUCAUGUACGUGAUUGGAGGUGCUGAGUCGUGGAACUGCCUGAAUACAGUGGAGCGCUACGACCCUGAGAAUAACACUUGGACCCUUAUCGCCCCCAUGAACGUAGCUCGCAGGGGGGCUGGGGUGGCCGUCUACAAUGGGAAGCUCUUUGUGGUUGGUGGGUUCGAUGGCUCCCAUGCACUGCGCUGCGUAGAGGUGUAUGACCCAGUCCAUAACACGUGGAGGAUGCUGGGUAGCAUGACCGUGGCACGGAGCAAUGCGGGUGUGGCUGCACUGGGUGACGCCAUCUGUGCCGUGGGCGGCUUCGACGGAAACAACUUCCUGAACACGCUCGAGGUGUACGACCCUGAGACGGACGAGUGGAGCGACUGCGCCGAGGCCCUCUCCUCUUCCGUCUGAGGGUCAGGGGUUAUGGGGGGGGUCUCAAACUAACAUGCUUAGUGCUUUUAAUUGUGUUUUGUGAUUUUCUGUAUGUGAGCGGGAGGGACGGGAAUAAUUUUGGGAGGGUUGCCUAAAGCAACAUCAAGCCUUUGCAUAUUGCAUACGAUAUUUUUUGUGCUGUAUAUAUUUAGAUUGCUUUUUUUAUUUUUUGUAUUAAGAAUGCCAACAUCUUGGGUUUCUUGGAAAGUUCUGUGUAUUGUUUUCUGAGGGUUUACAGAGAAACACCUACUGUUUUGGUCACCAAAACUACCUUGGACUUACUGGUGUGUUCAGAAUAGGUGACAGUACUGGAAAACUGAGUUGACUUGUUUUAGGAAAGUGAUUCUGAAUAUUUUUUUCCAUUUUGAACUGUCAUUUUAGCUCACACAUUUAAAUAUCUGCCAUUUUGAAGCCUUAUUCAAAGGAGGGUAACUCCCAUGGCAGUGUAGUUUAGACUGAAGCUGGAUUGCUUCAUAGAUCUUUAAUGCCCUUUUUAUAUUUUUAUACACUGCUGAUUUACCAAUCGAGGAAGUAGUGGACGCACAUGUCUGAGUCAUCAAACGAAACCAGUGCCAGUUUAGUAACACACACGCUAACCAACUCUUUUGUUGCUGCAUUCUGACUAAUCUACUAUUAUGGAGAUGCUGUUGUGUUGAGCGUUUUUGAAAGGGGUUCAGAUAUUUGGCUUCGAUUUUCUUUUGUGAGUUUAGAAUGAUUCAAUUGGAAAGUGCUCCAUCACAUUUGUAACAAGCUGAUAUUUCUUAACUAAUAAACCAUUUCAACCUGA